UGCUAUUAAGCUCUCUUUGUAUAACCAUUUCUGUACUUAAAAUAUUGUCAGCAUUGAACCCUCAGAAUGGGGAAGUGUUAACAGUUAAUAAGAAACAAGUUACUUGGUGCAAGGGUCGGCUUUGUGUUAACAGAAUGGAGAAACAAAUCCAGACAUCUGCUGAUGUAUUGUGAAACCACAGGACAAGAAUAAAAUGUGAGAUGUCUGUUGACCUGCUUUGAACCUGCUGCAGAACCACAGAGCAGAAGAACGACCCUGUGUUUUUCUAUGUGGUCAGGACUUGAGACAAUGAGAGCAUAACGGAAAAUUACUGCUAGUUUAGAAUGUGAACCCCGUGACUCUUUGGAGUCAAAGAGGGGAGGGACUUGUGCUGUAUAUAAUGAGAGACCUUGUAAUGCUCAGUACGCUCUUCUUUGGGAAGGCGUCCGAUUCUGCAGAAUUUGUUAAUAAAAUCUUUGUUCUCUUGAAUUUGUCCAGAGCGAUUAUUUAGAAGUGAAUUUUCAUUUCUAACAACUUGGGGGCUCGUCCGGCUCCACACUCCGGCUGCGGUGGGCUCGAGGAAGGAAAUCGGAGACGGUGCACCCUACCGAGUUCGGUAGUCCCCGAUUCCUUACUCGCCGUCCCGCUUCGCAGCUUGAGCGAGUGGUAUCCGGGAGGCUCAGGAGAACAAAGAGGGAGGAGACUGGCCAGUCAUAAAAGGAAAAACGGGCAGGGGAUCGAGUAAUUUUGGUGCACUGAAGCCAGGGAUUCCUGACUCAGACCCCUCCACUCGAUAUCCACCUCCACAAAGUGGAACCGGGAGACUGGGUUUCGAUAAAAUCCUGGAAACCGGAGAAACUCCAAUCACUCCGGGAAGGACCGUUUCAGGUGUUACUCACCACCGAAGCUGCCAUACGAACAAAAGAAAAAGGGUGGACUCACGCCGCCAGACUAAAAGGCCCGGUGUCGCCGCCCAAAGAGGACUCUUGGUCGUGUGAGGCCGGUGAUGAACCGUUGGUGGUGAAGUUAAAGAAACAUCAAAAAUGAACUCUCUUGGGACUCUUUUGCUACAUACUGUAUUAUUAUUUGCCUUCCUUUUAGCGGGGAAAUUGACUGGUAACUGUGAUAAAUGCGGAUCCUUUGUAUCCCACUCCUCUUAUGCUAAUAAUACUCGCUGUUAUGACAUAUACUCACGCCAAAAGUGCUGGGAAAAAGGAAAACUAUACUAUCAAGUAAAAAAAAACAGGGGAUAUCUCGGUCUGUCUAGGGCUAGGGCCUAUCAUUGCCCCUUUAUGAAUUACGAAUGGUUGUGUAUGUCAGCAGACAGUUUACAGGGACAUGCUGCAUUACUGGAAACAGACAAAAGUAGAACUAAAAGGGAAUGUGCCAAAUGCGGGGCUAUAAUUCAACUGGGAGAUCCUAAUUUCUUCUCCCUUUGCCAUGAUGAGGGGUCCCGGGAGGAAUGUUGGAAGGAUGGGAAAUUGUUUUAUCAAAUGUUAAACAAGGGUUAUGUUGGUUGGCCUGAGGGGAGAGUCCGUGAGUGUAUUUGGGAAGAACAUGAAUGGGUCUGCAUAAAAAAAAAGACAGCUGGGAUAUGGCUAACAGGCCAUGCGACAAAUGCCGCCAAAUUGUGAAAUGGGGAAACCAUGUCUUUCCGGGGCCUUUUGUGAUUCACACUAAAAUAAGUGAUGCCUGUUACAACCGGGAGAAAAUGAUGCCAUGUUGGGAGGAUGGGGAACAUUACUACCAGGUAUUCAGCUUGGGUAAUUAUACAAGUGGAAAUAUAAAUUGUCCACUUGUGGCACAAUGGCUUUGUAUCAGUUUUAUUAGCUCGGCAACGGACCACUUUGACCGGGUUAAGGAAAUAUAUCCCGGUUUAGAGAAAUCUGUUCCAAAUUACGAUGCCAAAAUAGCCGCCUCAGCCAAGGUUUCCUCCCUCUAUGAGGACAUUGAGAGUCGGCUUACUCUUCCUGAUGUUGCUAAAAAUCUCUUUAUUGACUUCACGUCUCAAAUUGCCAAAAUUUUAAAUGUGACGAACUGUUGGGUUUGUGGCGGUCCGCAUAUGACCGAGCAAUGGCCGUGGACAGGGGAGAGUUUGGAUGUUCAGGAAAUCCUUGAAUACAAUUGGACUUACUCCAAAAACAGAAUUUAUCAAGUCUGGAAAUUGCAGAAUACCCCGAUGGGCCCCUUCUGCAUUGGGAAAAAAGGGUCCCGCCCAGUUGGUGACAGCCCCUGUCAGCGGGUCUUGAAUCUCACCACGGACACUUGGUGGCCCCGACCCUUGGGUUGGUUUCUCACCAAACAACCCCUUGGGUUGUCUAUCACCCAACAAGGGGAUCUCACCUGCAGGCGGUUGCAUCCCACCUCUGAUUCCUGGAAUUGCAGUGGUUCUGGCCCUUAUGCGGGAAUGCCGGGAAUUAGAGAGGCAUGGGACGGUGUUGCCAGGGAUAGUGGAGGGGGUCCGGCUCCCGAUGGUUUAUUUUGGAUUUGUAGGGAUCUGGCGUAUUCCAGGUUGCCCGAGAAAUGGGGUGGCUUAUGCUUCCUCGGUAUAGUCAGACCGGAGUUCUUUCUCCUCUCACGUGAUCAAGGGGCUGACCUGGGGGUUAAGUUGUUCGACUCCCUGCAACGGAGGUCCGGAAAGCUAGCACGGAAGCGUAGGAGUGCUAGUCAGUGGAAUGUCCACCAGUACGGAGACAUCCACUUGGCCAAGUGGGGCGCAGAUUGGCCACCGUCCCGUAUCAUUGAGUAUUAUGGGCCGGCAAGUUGGGCUCAGGAUGGCUCUUGGGGUUACAGAACUCCAAUUUAUAUGCUUAAUCGCAUCAUUCGCUUGCAGGCGGUGAUGGAAAUAAUCACCAACAAAACCGCCUUCGCAUUGGAAUUACUGGCUAGACAGCAGUCUCAAAUGAGGGCUGCAAUAUAUCAGAAUCGUCUUGCUUUAGACUACCUGCUUGCCUCUGAAGGGGGUGUCUGCAGGAAGUUUAACACGACAAAUUGUUGUCUGGAGAUAGACGAUAACUACGAGGCUGUCCUAAAAAUCACCCGGGACAUCCGUAAAAUAGCCCAUGUACCUGUCCAGACGUGGCGACCUAUAGGGGACGCUAGUUGGUGGAACACGCUUUUUGGGGGUGGCUGGUGGCGCAUGGCAUUAAUAAUGAUGGUGGGUGUCGGGGCCCUGUUCCUCGUUAUUCCCUGUCUGGUCCCCUGUGCUAGAGUGUUGAUCCAACGCCAUAUCGCCCAGAUGCAAGCCAUUGCCAUACCCCAACAUGGUACUCAUGAACUUAAAGUUCUGCUGUUGAAAAGACAGAAGGACUUCCUUGAGCCGUAAUUCAGCCGAUUCUGUUACGCAUGCACAUCUUAAAAAGAAAAAGGGUGGAAUUGUGAGAGUGAGACCUGGCUUAAUAAGAAUUAUUAAGAUGUGCAUGGCAUUAUAAUCUUUAAACGUGAGCAUUAUCAUAUUGAAUAAGCUAAACUUUUUGCUGCUUUAAAACCCAGAUUUCUGAUGCUAUUAAGCUCUCUUUGUAUAACCAUUUCUGUACUUAAAAUAUUGUCAGCAUUGAACCCUCAGAAUGGGGAAGUGUUAACAGUUAAUAAGAAACAAGCUACUUGGUGCAAGGGUCGGCUUUGUGUUAACAGAAUGGAGAAACAAAUCCAGACAUCUGCUGAUGUAUUGUGAAACCACAGGACAAGAAUAAAAUGUGAGAUGUCUGUUGACCUGCUGCAGAACCACAGAGCAGAAGAACGACCCUGUGUUUUUCUAUGUGGUCAGGACUUGAGACAAUGAGAGCAUAACGGAAAAUUACUGCUAGUUUAGAAUGUGAACCCCGUGACUCUUUGGAGUCAAAGAGGGGAGGGACUUGUGCUGUAUAUAAUGAGAGACCUUGUAAUGCUCAGUACGCUCUUCUUUGGGAAGGCGUCCGAUUCUGCAGAAUUUGUUAAUAAAAUCUUUGUUCUCUUGAA